AUGAAACCCAAGGAAGACGACAAUGACAGCAGCAGUGAUGACCAGGUCAUUCAAGCUGUGCAAGACAGCGGCGACGUGCGGCUCUUUGUCAUCGCUGACGGCAAGAAGAGCACUGUACUGCUCAUGAAUGUAUACUUUGCGUCGAGCGUCGCGCGUAACAUCGUGAGCUACGGGAAGCUCGAUACGAGCGGAUAUACGCUCUUGUACUUGAAUGGUAAACGCGUCGUGGCGCGUCGGAGUGAUGUACUCGCUGUAUUUGACGUGGUGAUCCAGAAUAGCAGCCUCGUCGUCAGAACCGUUGGCAUGCUCGCGAGAACGAUAGAGCCAGUUAACGUGAUCAUGGCUGCGCUUCCGGACGAGCUUGCGGCCGACACGUCACCAGUGAUGCAACGAGGCUCACUGCUUCACUCUCAACAGCGCUUGGGACAAUUUGCUUUCGACACGAUCGAGAAAAUCGCCAAGAACCCGUCGUCGGGCAUUGAGCUCACGGACAAAAAGCGCAUGAGGUGA